AUCUUGAACCUGAUGAUUGUGCAUCCAUAUACAUCUUUAAUGUAGACCAACCAUCAUCUUCUGUAAAUCAGCCAAUUUGUAUCCCUCACCAUGGAUUGCAGCCACACUCCUCGCCUCUGUCUCCACCAACCAGACUGCCAGGUCAUAAAAACUAUGAGGGAACUUGUGAGAUACCAGAAUCCAAAUACAGUCCAUUAGGUGGACCCAAACCCUUUGAGUGCCCUAGUAUUCAAAUUACAUCUAUCUCUCCUAACUGUCAUCAAGGGAUUGAAGCUAGUGAGGAUGAUUUGCAUACAAAUGGCCCAGAAAAUGAAUAUAUGGAAAGGCCUUCAAGGGACCACCUAUAUCUCCCUCUUGAGCCAUCCUACAGGGAAUCAUCCCUCAGCCCAAGCCCUGCCAGCAGCAUUUCCUCCAGGAGCUGGUUCUCAGAUGCUUCCUCUUGUGAGUCAAUCUCCCAUGUUUAUGAUGAUGUAGACUCAGAGCUGAAUGAAGCUGCUGCUCGAUUUACCCUUGGAUCUCCCUUGGCAUCUCCUGGUGGCUCUCCAAGGAGUCCAGGGGAUGAAUCUUGGCAACAGCCUUAUGGAUUUGGGCAUGCCCUGUCUCCUAGACAGUCUCCUUGUCAUUCUCCUAGAACUAGUAUUACAGAUGAAAAUUGGCUAAACCCUAGACCAACAUCAAGGCCCUCAUCGAGGCCUACAUCCCCUUGUGGGAAGCGACGACACUCCAGUGCAGAGAUUUGUUAUGCCAGCUCCUUGUCUCCUCACCAUUCUCCAACUCCUUCCCCUGGCCAUUCUCCCAGAGGAAGCAUAACAGAAGACACGUGGUUAAACACUUCUCUCCAUAGUGUACAAGGUCUUAAUUCUGGCCUUCCACCAUUUCAGUGUUGUACAGAGACUGACAUCCCUCUUAAAACAAGAAAGACCUCUGAGGAUCAAACUGCUACUUUAUCAGGAAAAAUAGAUCUCUGUUCUGAAGAACAGAGUAACUUAUCACCAUCCAUUGAAAUUGCAGUAGAUGAUUCCACUGGAUCUCAACAUGUGUUAAAAAAGGAUUUGCCUGGUGACCAAUUUCUUUCUGUUCCUUCGCACUUUACUUGGAACAAACCCAAACCUGGCCAUACUCCUAUAUUUCGCACAUCGUCAUUACCACCACUAGACUGGCCUUUACCAAGUCAUUAUGGACAAUGUGAACUGAAAAUAGAUGUACAGCCUAAAACUCACCAUAGAGCUCAUUAUGAAACGGAAGGCAGUAGGGGAGCAGUAAAAGCGUCUACUGGAGGACACCCGGUAGUGAAGCUCAUAGGCUACAGUGAGAAACCAGUAAACCUACAGAUGUUCAUUGGAACAGCAGAUGAUCGCUACUUACGACCUCAUGCAUUCUACCAAGUGCACCGAAUCACUGGGAAAACAGUUGCUACUGCUAGCCAAGAGAUAAUAAUUACCAGCACAAAAGUUCUGGAAAUUCCACUUCUUCCUGAAAAUAAUAUGUCAGCCAGUAUUGAUUGUGCCGGUAUUUUGAAACUCCGCAAUUCAGAUAUAGAGCUCCGCAAAGGAGAGACAGAUAUUGGAAGAAAGAAUACCAGAGUGCGACUUGUGUUUCGUGUUCAUAUCCCACAGCCUAGUGGAAAAGUCUUGUCUUUACAGGUUGCUUCCAUACCUGUUGAAUGCUCUCAGCGAUCUGCUCAAGAACUUCCUCAGAUAGAAAAAUACAGCAUCAACAGUUGUUCAGUAAAUGGAGGCCAUGAAAUGGUUAUGACUGGAUCUAAUUUUCUUCCAGAAUCAAAAAUUAUAUUUCUUGAAAAAGGACAAGAUGGACGACCUCAGUGGGAAGUAGAAGGGAAAAUAAUUAGGGAGAAGUGUCAAGGGGCUAACAUUGUUCUUGAAGUUCCUCCAUACCAUAACAAAACGAUUACAGCUGCAGUCCAGGUGCAGUUUUAUCUUUGCAAUGGGAAGAGGAAAAAAAGCCAGUCUCAACGUUUUACAUAUACACCAGUUUUAAUGAAACAAGAGCACAGAGAUGAAAUGGAUUUGUCUGCCGUUCCAUCUUUGUCCCUGCCUCAUACUGGCAGCGUUCAGGGCCUGCAUUCCAUCCGAACUCAGCUGUCUUCAGCAGAUCCAGGGCACCCACAUGAUAGUUUACUAUCUACAUCACCCAGGAGUCUUGUGUGCCCAGUUCAGCAAACAUAUACAUCCAUGACGACAUCAGCAGUGUCCCAUCUGUCUCAUAUACAAGGUAGAAACGUCAGUCCAGGUGAUGAGUGUCAUGUUUUGCCUCCUGUUGUUCACCAGUCUUUCCAAGUAACAUCAACACCUCCAGUGAGGCCUUCCUACCAGCCUAUGCAAUCUAAUGUUAUGUACAAUGGACAGCCUGGUCUUCCCAUGAGUUCUGUCUCCAGCCAAGGAUUUGACACUAUUUCAUUUCAACAAGAUGCAGCUGUACCUCAUUUGAUAAAUCUUAGCUGCCCACCUCUGCCACAAAUGCAGUACCAUUCUUCAAAUCCUGGUUCAGUGACAACUUCAUGUACAGUAGGACAUCCUUUGGCACAUCCAGUUCAUUCAGGACAAUCAUCACCUCAUCUGCAGUCAAUGGUAUACCACUGUCCAAAUACUGGGCAGGGUUCUCUCUCUUCUGCAAUGAAUCAACCCCUUGGGCAACCUUCCCCUCAGUUGCAGCAAGUCACAUACCAUUCUGCAAACCCAGGGUCUGCUUCAUCACCAUCCCCAACAGCUUCCCAUUCUUUGGUCCAUUCACCACUGUCAGGGCCAUCUUCUCCUCAGCUACAGCCUAUGCCAUACCAGUCUCCUAGCUCAGGACCUGCUGCAUCUCCUCCCCCAACGGCUGUAAGUCACUCGGGACAACAUUCCCCUCAAGAACAUAGUCCUGGAUUGGGAGGUCUUCAUGUAGCUUCAUCUUUAGUACAUCACAGUGUAUGCGAGUCAUCUCCAUUUUCAUCAGAUGGGGUAGCUGUUAACAUUAAACCAGAACCUGAAGAUCGAGAGUUGACUUUUCAAACAAUUGGAUUGCAAGACAUCACACUAGAUGAUGUGAAUGAAAUCAUAGGAAGAGAUAUGUCACACAUCCCAGUGUCACAUGGACCAACAGUGGCCAGCCAAUCUCCACAUACAUGCCCUGGAUCUCUGGAGACAGGAAUAUCGGAUGGAGUCUAAAAGUGGCUAAGCUUGCAACUAAAUGUCCAUGAAAGCUUUCAAGUUUUCUCUGAAUAUUUCUUCUCAUCCCUUUCUCUUACACUCACUGUGCUUCCAACUCUUGUGGCCUUUUAUAAACUGGAACAAUGGACCCUUGCAUAGCCCUUUUGGUGGGUUACAUUUUGAUGUACAGACAGAGCAUUUCUAAUUCUAGUUUCUCAAGUGCUGUAAAAAUGAUGGGGUAAAUGGACACAAAGAAGCCAGACAAAAUAUUUUAACUAUUAAAAAUUACAGAUGAGCUUUGCUGUUUUACAUUUAAAUUAGAAUACUUUUAUAUUGCAAGUGCUUCAAGUGUGGAGAUGUUAGUUUUGCUCUUAUAAUAUUCACAGUACUGAAUGUGGAGAAAAAUCUAAUACACAUCUUCUGUGUGCUACUUUCCCUUAGAAGAGGUAGUAGAAUUGUAAUUGACAGUUUUGUACACCUUUGGUCAUUCUGAAAGCCUUUAAGCUUCUGGUGUUUAAAAGAUAACUUUUUAUAAUGAAAUCUUCCAGAGGCAAAAAACCAAACCAGUCAUCUUAAGCCAAUGCCUUGGAAGCCAUUGUGUAUAAAAAUACUUUAGUGUUUUCUUUCUUUGAUUCAUAGGAAGCAAAGCCAAAUGUAGAUCUGCACUUAUUUAUAAACGGGAAUUGUUAUUUGAUAGGCUGCAAAGAGACCAUUCCAUCAUGGAAGUGUUGGGAUAGAAAUGACAUUCCAAAAUGUAACUUUUAUAGCUAUAUGGGUAAUCUUCCUGUAAAUUUUAUUAGCACAGACUCCUUACUGAAUUUUUUUCAUAAAAAGGUAACAUUUGUAGUCAAAUUUGAAAACUAAGGUUUUUAUUUAAAAACCUUAAUUUCAAAGCCAUGUUAGGUAAGGGGAAAUUUUGGUAUUUGCAGAGGAUUUGUUUUUUAUUCCUAAGAAAUAAUGUUUUGAAAUACAUCAAUCUUCCAUGGCUCUAGUAUUUUCCAUGCAGUAAAUCAUUUGCUUAUAUUCCUUUUCUAUAUGUUCAUUUACCUAAAUUAUGCUACUUUGACAUGACAGUUUCUUAAAUUUGAACUGAUAUAAACAUUUACCUGCUGUAAAGAAACUUACUGUGGGCAACUGCUUGAAAGGAAGUACAUUUGAGUAAUUUGCCCAUAGUAAAUUUGUAAAGCAGAAUUUAUUGCAGAGGAAAAUAGUGAAUGAGACAAUGACCAUGACAUUAAUCCUUUACAGUUUGUAUGAAAGGAUGCAUUUUCCUCACCUGCCCACUUCAGCAGAUAGUAAUGUUUACAUUGCAUGACUUUUAAAACCUCAGUACUCUAAUUAAAAGCCUAGGAGAGGAUCUGAAACUGCUUAUUUAGGUCUUGUUAAGUAUUUCCCAAGAGGUUAUAAUUUACAGACCUGUCUGAUGUGGAAAAUACAGGGUAUACAAAAAAUGAGAGAUUCAUAUAUAGCAAAAUAUGAUUAGAAGUUUCAUACUUGAAGUUGUUUUUAGUCCAGGUUUCUGUUCUUUUGUUGAAACAGCCAUUAUUUGUAUUCGUGAAAAUGAAAAGCAAAUACAUUCAUGUUUGAAUGCCUAUAAGGGAAUGACAACAUUGAAUUGGUUCAGAUAUUUGAGAGUAUUUACAUUUCAAUUAAAACAUGUACAGGGCAUGCCAUUGCUUUGGAGAAAUGAAGCUGUUUUGUCUAUAUAUGUUCUUAAAUUACAGUAACACAUCAAAGAAAGUCUUAAAUGGACUCCAUUAUUGAGGUCAUUAAGAAUAAAAACCCACUAUAGUAAAUAUGGUGGCCCAUGUAUUGGCCAACCAGCCAGGGAAGUUUUACAUAGAAUUUUUUGCAUAUGAAAUAUUAAUUUCUAUAUAUGUUUAGAUGUAAUGUUCUAGCAAUACUGUUAAAGGAUAUAGAAUAUAUCUUUGUAUUUGUUGGAUCAUGGAUCUUUAUGAAAGACCUAAAUUUGAGAAGAUGGUGGAAAUGGAACUCUUUUAAGCAAACUUGUGCAUUUUUUUAAAAUGCUAUCUAGGACUACCAUGGUGAUAAAUCUUAUUUUAAUUACUGUUUUUCAAAUAAGUUUAUGUCAAGCCACUAUACAGGUAGAUUCCUUUCUGACAAACUGUGUUCUGGGAAGCUAAACAGUUAAUGUACUGUACAUUAGUGUAAGUGGCUCUCAAAAUAGUUAUUUUUGACCGUUCUGUCAUUUGAAAAGAAUAAUUGUAACUGUUCCUCAGUGGUGCUUCUUUAGUUACUAUCCCUACUCACAUUAACUUUAAACAUGCUAACACACUGAAGUGUUUAGAAGUGCAGUUAGCUAUGUUUUUAUAACACUGUUAAAAUCACUGUAAGUUGUGUAACUGUCCAUAGGUUGUGUGCUGGUGGCAAGGCAUGUUCCAGUUUUCAUUUAAUGUAACAGGUCUGUUGAAUUAACCAAUAUUUGUGGGAGGAGUCUAAUUUCAUGAGCUUUUCAUACUUGUGUGGGUUUUGUGCUCCUAACAACUGUUCCAGCCUCUUCUCCUUGCAAGUCCUCUGAGUGAGUAGCUAGAAUUCAUACUAUACCUAAAACAUGGGAGCCCAUACAAUCCAGAGUUGCUAUGCACUAAAUCUUCUGAU